AUGGGUUGUCUAUUACUUGAGCAAAAAGUUCACUACCUUCGAGAUGAACUACUCUCUGUUGGAAAGGACGUGUUGUGCCUUGGUAUGGGCGUCCCAUCAUCUAGGGCAAUAUAUGUUAAGCCAUACUACUUGGUUGGUAUCCAAGAUGGACCCAGUCAAGCGAUAAAAGGUAGCGCCUUGGCGGACUAUCUGGCUCAGCAGCCUUUCAACGACUACCAGCUCAUGCAUCUAGAGUUUCCAGAUGAAGACAUCAUGGCCUUGUUCGGGGAGAAGGUGGAGGAUGAGGACAAGGAUAAAUGGAUCGUGUGGCUCAAUGGCGCGUCCAACGCCCUAGGCCAUGGGGUUGGGGCAGCUUUGGUCUCUCCUGACAACCAAUGCAUUCCCUUCACGACUAGAUUUGGCUUCGAUUGCAUGAAUAAUAUGGCUGAAUAUGAGCUGAGGGGAGAAUGGGAAACUAGGGAUCACAAGUUGAUACCCUAUCAGACCUACAUCAAGAAACUAGUUGAGUUCUUCGGCGAGGUCUCCUUCCACCACGUUUCCAUAGAGGAAAAUCAGAUGGUUGAUGCACUUGCCACUCUUACAUCCAUGUUUCAGCUAACCCCACAUGGAGACUUGUCGUACAUCGAGUUCAGAUGUCGCGGCAAGCCCGCACAUUGCUGCUUGAUAGAAGAGGAGCAAGAUGGUAAAGCAUGGUACUUCGACAUCAAGCGAUAUGUAGAGUAUAAGGAGUAUCCAUAG